AUGUCAGCCAACCCAGUGGCUCCCAUAAAGGAGCCUUCGCCGUCUCUCAGCGAAGGCUCUAGCUUGAGAACGGGCGAGCAGAACAGCGUGACCGGCGUUGCGCCACCCCUCGGAGCGCAGACAACAAAUGACAGAAAGUUCUGGUGGGAAGGGGGGGAUAAACUCGACCCAGAGGCCAUCGCAACUCAGCCCAGCGUCUACGACGACCCGGACCUGGCUCCUAGUUAUCAGCCGAGGCCUGACUGGGAGAACAUCCAUCGAUUCAACCCCCUGGCGAGAUGGACGUGGGGAGAAGAGAAGAGCGUGGUCCGCAAGGUAGACGGUCGUAUCAUGGUCUGGGUCUGCGUCAUGUUCUUUGCCCUCGAGAUGGACCGCGGGAACCUCGGCAACGCCGUGUCGGACGACCUCCUCGGCGACCUGGGUUUGACAACGAACGACUUCAACCUGGGCAACACUUUGUUUGCCCUAUCCUACCUGGUAUCAGAGCUUCCGUCGCAGCUCAUUUCCAAGUGGAUCGGCCCGGACCGCUGGAUCCCGGCGCAGGUCACGCUCUGGUCCGUCGUGGCCAUGUGUCAGUUCCGGCUCAGCGGGAAGACGUCCUUCCUUGUCUGCCGCUCCCUCCUCGGCCUGAUCCAGGGCGGCUUUGUCCCCGACAUCAUCUUGUACAUGUCGUAUUUCUACAAGCACCACGAGAUGACCAUCCGCCUGGGCUUCUUCUACCUCGCCAUGUCGGCGGCCGACGUUGCAUCGGCCUUCAUAGCCUACGGCAUCCUCCACAUGCGUGGGGUAUACGGCCUCGCGGGGUGGAGGUGGCUGUUCCUGAUCGAGGGCGCCCUCACGCUAUGCAUCGGUCUUGGCUCUUUCAUCAUAAUGCCGGCCGGGCCGACCGAGACGGCGGGCAACCUCAGGGGCAAGGACGGCUGGUUUACAAAACGUGAGGAGGAGAUCAUGGUGAACCGCAUCAUCCGCGACGACCCAACCAAGGGCUCCAUGCACAACCGCCAGCCCGUCACCCCGUCGCUGCUGUGGAAAUGCAUCUGCGACUAUGACCUCUGGCCGCUCUACGCCUUCGCGCUGACGGCGCUGAUCGCCUACGUCCCCGUGGGGCAGUAUCUGCCGCUCAACCUGCGCGCCAUGGGCUUCAGCGUAUUCCAGACGAACCUGCUCAUCAUCCCGACCCGCGUCAUCGCCGCCUGCACCACCGUGGCGCUCAUGUACUUUGCCGAGCGAAUGGGCCAGACGGUCGUGCCGACCAUCAUCUCGCAGCUCUGGACCGUGCCGCCGCUCAUCUGGCUCGCCUUUGGCAACCGGGGCGCCUCCGACAGAUGGCAGUUGUGGGGCGUCAUCACGGCCAUGAUGGCCAAGCCGUUCGCCCACCCCCUGACCGUCAACCUUGUGUCGCGCAACAGCAGCUCGGUGCGGACGCGGACCGUAUCGGCGGCGCUGUAUAACAUGUUCACCCAAGCCUGCAUCAUCAUCGGCUCCAACAUCUACCGCGCCGACGACAGACCGCACUACCGCCGCGGCAACACCACGCUACUGGUCCUCGUCAUUUGGAACAUUGUCCUGCUCGUCCUCAUAAAGGUAUACUACGUAAGGCGCAACCGCACGCGCGAGCGCAAGUGGGACGCCCUCGCGACCCGCGAGAAGGCAGCGUAUAUCGCGGCCGAGGGGGACAGGGGCAACAGGGGGCUGGACUUUAGGUUUAAGCACUGA